AAGGGUGUGAAGCAACAACAUUUGUACGUAUUCACGAGAGAGACUAUGUGUGAAAACAGGACUUACUUGUUGACGACAAAGGAAUCUUUUUUCAAUUUUCUCCGGACCGGACCAAGGGUUUGUUUUCACAGAAUUCCUCUUCACACCAAUUUAGGUUAGAUAUUCGAGCCUCCUUUACUGUUCAUCUAUUAUGUUUUGAAGAGAACUAGUGUGAGUGUAUGUAGCAACUAGCAAGAUGGUAAUCUUAUUCGAAAGUUGUAGCUAGUUGGUGGGAGGAAAUUGGACAUGAGUAUGCUGGUGGGGACAUGCUCCAGCCAAGACAAACUGAUUUACCGUUCCUGUUUCUGGUGUUGGUUGUACUUCCUCUUGCUGCUUACGUUUUAUUAGGAAAAUGGGGCGACUUCUCAAAAAAGAAAGUGAAGAUUAGCGAGCUUGCUCAAAUUGCUGCUGAAGAAGCUUUCCGAGCAGAAGCCAUGGCUGCUGCUGCUGUUAUUCCUCUUGUACCUGUGUUAAAGUUAGAUAACGGGUUUCAUCAAUGUGCUCGAUGCUUCGGGCCAGCGAAAACCCGCUGUUCUCGUUGCAAAUCUGCCCGCUACUGUUCUGGCAAGUGUCAAAUAGUUCAUUGGAGACAAGGUCACAAACAAGAGUGCCAACUUUUGGAGUACAAUAGUAGCUGUGCGUCUCCAAAUUCUGAAGAAUUUGUUGAUGAACAGUUUUUAUCAAGUGAAACGUUGGAUUUCCAGUUUUCUGAAUCCAAUUUUAAGCAGUUUCACGAGAAAGCUGCAUCGCGUAGUAGUUCUUUCAAUUUAUAUAGGGAGAUGUCAAGAAAAGAAGAGAAUGUCGUUGCUGAGCCGUCUGUAGAUACAUGUUCCACUUCGUACGAUAAACCUUCAUCAAAGGGAACUUUCGUUAGACAUAAGCAGCCAAAACGGGGUCGCCCUGUGCCCCCGAAAGAAGAAGGUAAUGGGACAAAUUCGUUAGAUGUUGAAAGGGAAUUGGUGGAUGGAUGGAGUGAAAGAAGCCAUGCAAAGAAAUGUAAUACGGUGAAAUCAACAUCACAUUCUUUGGGAGCUACAAAAUCAACAGCGAAAUGGUCAAGAGAUCAAAUAUGUCCCAAAAGGGAAUGUAUGGAUCAAGUUGACACUGCAUUGGAGGAUUCUAGAGUGGGUGAUGUAAACCCUCCACACGAAGGCAGUGGUAUUGUUAACAAAGGUUUUAUGAAGAUGAUUGGUCUAAAGAGGUCAUCAAAGCAUGACAGAGUGGAACGUGUGGAAGUUAAUAGCGACAAACAUAAUAAGAAAAUAAAAAUGCUAUUUCCAUAUGAGGAGUUUGUGAAGUUCUUUCAGUAUGAAGCUUUUAACCUUUUACCAAGGGGGCUCAUAAAUUGUGGGAACAGCUGUUACGCGAAUGCUGUGCUGCAAUGUUUGACUUCUACCAAGCCUUUGACCGUCUAUUUACUCCGCCAAUCACAUUCUAAAUCUUGUGGUGCGAGAAGUUGGUGUCUUAUUUGUGAGCUCGAACGUCACGUGUUACUGUUACGUGAUAAUGGAGACCCACUGUCACUCAGUAAAAUUCUUUUGAAUAUGCGGGCUGUUAAUAAUAAAAUGGGCGAUGGAAGUCAAGAAGACGCACACGAGUUUUUAAGGCUUCUAGUUACAUUAAUGCAAUCUAUAUGUCUUGAGGGUUUUGGUGGUGAAUCUGUCAAUCCCAAACUGCAAGAAACGACCUUUAUUCAGCAUACGUUUGGGGGGCAGCUUCGAUCAAAGGUCAAGUGCUUGAGAUGCAAUCGCGAGUCUGAUAGAUAUGAAAACAUUAUGGAUCUUACACUCGAGAUAUUCGGAUGGGUUGAAUCGUUGGAAGAUGCACUGACUCAAUUCACAAGCCUUGAAGAAUUGGAUGGAGAAAACAUGUAUAGAUGUGCAAGGUGUGCUGCUUAUGUUCCGGCACAAAAGCAGUUAGCUAUACAAGAGGCUCCAAAUAUUCUCACCAUUGUUUUGAAGAGAUUUCAGGAGGGAAGCUACGGGAAGAUAAACAAGUGUAUAACGUUUCCUGACAUGUUGGAUAUGAUCCCGUAUAUGACGGGGACAGAUGAUGUUCCUCCAUUAUACAUGCUUUAUAGUGUUGUUGUGCAUUUAGACACAAUGAAUGCAUCUUUCUCCGGUCAUUAUAUCUCAUAUGUGAAAGAUCUUCAAGGCAAUUGGUUCAGGAUAGACGACACACAGGUGCAACCCGUCCCGUUGAGCCAAGUGAUGUCAGAAGGCGCGUACAUAUUAUUCUACAUGAGAUCAUCCCCUCGACUCCUAAGAAUGUGUACAGCAGGAAAACCGAAAGCUUCUAGAGCUCCUAAGUCAACCUCGGGUCAAGAAACUGUGUCAAACCGAAACCAAGCAACAUCAUGCGUUGACUUUUCAGAUGCUGCAUCAAGCGACUGGUCGAUCUUUACAAGCUCGGACGAUGCAUCUUUCACUACUGAAAGCACCCGGGACUCGUUUAGCACCAUUGACAACACUGACAAUAACUUACCGUAUGUUCCUCCUGAUUAUAGCGUCUCAUGUGGCAGGUUUUCAAGAAGUAGACCCCACUUGAUAUCGAAAUUGUAUCAUGGGUGUGAGCCACCAUACCGAAUAUAAUUCGAUUGGUAGAACUUCUGGGCAUUGUAUUAUUGUCUUGAUUUAACGUUUUAGAAGUAGAGUAGAUGACUCACUGUGCCUCAAAAUUUUGCCAAAAUGCUUUGUAAAUGAGGCACUUGAAUGUUUUGUUAAACGUUUUAGAAGUAGAGUAGAUCACUGUGCCUCGUUUGGAUUUAAUUAGGAUAAAUAUGUUCCCAAAGCUAACUUUUUUA